AUGUUACCUUGUUACUAUCUUACCUUGUUACCUUGUUACUCUGUUACUUUGUUUCCUUGUUACUCUGUUACCUUGUUACCUUGUUACUCUGUUACCUUGUUACCUUGUUACUCUGUAACCUUGUUACCCUGUUACCUUGUUACCUUGUUACUCUGUUACCUUGUUACCGUAUUACUCUGUUAUCUUAUUACUCUGUUACCUUGUUACCUUCUUACUUUGUUACCUUGUUACCUUGUUACUCUGUUACCUUGUUACCCUGUCACCUUGUUACUCUGUAACCCUGUUACCUUGUUACUCUGUUACCUUGUUACCUUGUUACCUUGUUACUCUGUUACCCUGUUACCUUAUUACCGUGUUACUCUGUCACCUUGUUACCUUUUUCAAUUUAAUUGUUACUCUGUUUCCUUGUUACCCUGUUACCUUGUUACUCUGUUACCUUGUUACCUUCUUACUUUGUUACCUUGUUACCGUGUUACUCUGUUACCAUGUUACCUUGUUACUUGGUUAAUCUGCUAGUCUUUUACCGUGUUACUCUAUUAGCGUGUUACCUUGUCACUCUGUUACCUUGUUACUCUGUUCCCUAAUUACCUUGUUACUCUGUUAUCUUGUUACCGCGUGUUACUCUGUUACCUUGUUACCUUAUUACCUUGUUACCUUGUUACCUUGUUACCUUGUUACCUUGUUUCCUUGUUACUUUGUUAGUCUGUUAGUCUGUUACCUUGUUACUCUGUUUCCUUGUUACUCUGUUACCUUGGUACUCUGUUAUCUUGUUAUUUUUUUCUCUUGUUACCUUGUUACUCUGUUACCUUGUUACCUUGUUACUCUGUUACCUUGUUACCCUGUUACCUUGUUACUCUGUUACCCUGUUACCUUAUUACCAUAUUACUCUGUUACCUUGUUACUUAUUAAAUUUAAUUGUUACUCUGUUUCCUUGUUACCCUUUUACCUUGUUACUCUGUUACCUUGUUACCUUGUUACCUUGUUACCGUGUUACUCUAUUAGUGUGUUACCUUGUCACUCUGUUACCUUGUUACUCUGUUCCCUAAUUACCUUGUUACUCUGUUAUCUUGUUACCGCGUGUUGCUCUGUUACCUUGUUACCUUGUUACUUUGUUAGUCUGUUAGUCUGUUACCUUGUUACUCUGUUUCCUUGUUACUCUGUUCCCUGGUUACUCUGUUCCCUGGUUACCUUUUUACUCUGUUACCUUGUUACUCUGUUAUCUUGUUACCCUGUUACCUUGUUACCUUGUUACUCUGUUACCUUGUUACCCUGUUACCUUGUUACCCUGUUACCUUGUUACCCUGUUACCUUGUUACCUUGUUACUCUGUUACCU